GCUUAUAUUGGUACAAGGUAUAUACCUCGUCGGUGGUUCACACUACUUCUUUCACUAGCAUAAUAUCUGUUGAAAGAGGGCAUCACGAUAGAUUUCCAAGCUACGCAACUCCCAUACGCGACUAGCAAGUCUUUCGUACUAUAUAUUCCGUCAAUGUUUAUGUGAAUGAAGUCUCGUGUAUCAAUGACAUUAUGACAUAUAUCUAUUAAAUUGUUGAAAAAAUCUGGUUACUAUAAUGAACCGGAGAAGUAAUAAUCUUAUGAAUAUUAUACAUGAAUCAAAAAAAUAAAUAUGGGAAAAGUAUGAAUAUACAAGGUUAAAUAAUUAUAAAAUAUAUCUUCCAUGUAUACCAUAAUUUUUUAAAUUUUCUGACAUGAUUGAUAUAGACAUAGACAUGUUUUAUAUUAUACCUCCAAAUGGAGAGAUACCUUUUCAUAUUUUGGAAGAUUGCAUUCUGACUAGAUUAGAUUAUUUACGACAUCUAUAUGAAGGAUCUACCAAUAAAUUUGAUGGAAACUUUGAAUAUUUACUAGAAAAUUCUACUUACGAUAAAAUUGCACAUUUUGUAUUACGGUUAUUAGCUUGUGCAUCGUCAGAUUUACAUUUAUACUGGAUAACCAAAGAAUCAUUGUUAUUUAGACAUAGAUUAGAUAAUAUAUUACCUAGACAACUACACAGAUUAUUGAAACAAAUUAUAUGGAAGAUGCAAAUAUUUAAAAAUGAAAAGACUGCAACUGAAAUAACUCUGAUUGAGUUAUGCAAAUUCUACUUGCAACCUUUAAUUUUUAAACAUCUAGUAUCAAAUUGUCAUGAUUGCACUGAUUUUCAAUAUGAAAUAAGAUUUGAACUGAUUCCAAACUUGUUAAAAGAAAGAGAAUUAAUUAUUAAAAAUGGAAAUGUUAUUACAUAUUGUUCAAACUGGAAAAAAGUACUUCAAUCAUUAUUUUGUAAUUAUGUAAUGAAUGAACUGAAUAUCAUGAGGAAACAAGCACUACAGACCAUAAAACAUGAUCUUAGAUUUCAUAUUUUAAAUCAAAAAGUUCAAUCGUAUCUUUUCAAGAAAAAUGCUGCUCAUGGAAACAUAACUAUUGAUAACAUAGACGCAAAAGCACAAAAAUUUCCCUUAUGUAUGCAACAUUUACAUUCUGUGUUAAGAAGCAGACAUCGUCUUAGUCAUUAUGCUCGCUUAUACUAUAGCCUUUUUCUAAAAGAAAUUGGGAUGGAAUUAGAAGAUUCAAUCAUAUUUUGGAAGCAAGAAUAUUCCAAGCCACAUACUUGUUCUUCAAUAUGUUCACAUAAUUGGCAAUCAAAUGAAAAAAAAUUCAUAUAUAGCAUUAGACAUAUGUAUGGUUUAGAAGGAUCUCGAAGAAAUUAUAAGACACCUGACUGUAAUUUAAUUUGUGGUGGUAUUAGUGCAAUGUACGAAGGUGGUUGUCCUUUCAAAGAUUUUAAUGUGGAUACACUCAAAAAUCUUUUACACACUUCAUUAACUGAAGAUGAAGCAGACAGACUUAUAAAUAACAUGUCUAGUAAAAGUCCAGAAGUUCUUUGCAGCGCUUUUUUGAGACUUUUAUGCAAAGACAGUAUUGAUAAUGGUAUUAUUAAAAGUCCGAUAGAAUAUUAUCACAGAAUAAAUGAUUAAAUAUUUGUGUCCUAUUGAUAAAUCUGUAUAAUAAUUUGUACUAUCUAUUCUUGCUGAUAUUUUAAAUUAAUACUUGUAUAUUAUCAAAAAAUUUCAUCAAGAUAGAAAUUUUGUCAAUAAAUCUUUUGUAAAUAUUAUUAAAAA